AUGGUGCCGCGAAUAAGUAGUCCUGCUCGUCUGCUCCGUCGCUCCUUUGCCACACAUGUUCCUCGUGAGAGAGACUGUACUUCAAUUACCCCUCCUUAUGCUUUGCUUAUUCAAAAGCUCGACCGCGUUCGCAAGCUCCUGAACAGACCCUUGACCCUGUCGGAAAAGAUCCUCUAUAGUCACAUUAUAGAUCCAGAGACCUCUCUAGCUUCAAAUGGGAGAAUAAGAGGGGAAGCCUAUCUUCAGUUGGCUCCUGAGCGAGUUGCAAUGCAAGAUGCCUCUGCACACCUUCAGUUCAUGAGUGCUGGGCUUUCCCAAUGCGCCGUCCCAACGAGCAUUCACUGUGACCAUCUUAUUCAAGCUCUCGACGGUGCCGAAUCCGAUCUGAAGCGCUCAAUAGUCACCAAUCGAGAAGUUUUCGAUUUUUUGCAAAGUGCUGCUCAGAAAUAUGGCAUCGAGUUUUGGAGGCCUGGUUCAGGCAUCAUCCAUCAAAUAGUACUCGAGAACUACGCAGCUCCAGGAAUGCUUAUGUUGGGAACAGAUUCACACACACCGAAUGCUGGAGGCCUUGGUAUGCUUGCUAUCGGAGUAGGUGGUGCUGAUGCCGUUGAUGCAAUGACGGGAACACCCUGGGAACUGAAAGCCCCUACUGUUAUCGGGAUUCAUCUGACUGGAAAACUGAAUGGCUGGACAACACCCAAGGACCUCAUUCUUCAUCUUGCUGGCAAGCUGACAGUCAGGGGAGGAACGGGUAGCAUUUUGGAAUAUUACGGGCCCGGCGUUACUUCUCAGUCUUGCACUGACAAAACAUCAACAGGUUUGGCCACUAUCGCGAAUAUGGGAGCAGAGGUUGGGGCGACUACUUCAACUUUUCCAUAUUCGUCGAAUAUGCGUGAAUACCUGAAAGCCACUGGUCGCGCAUCCGUGGCUGCUUCUGCCGACCAAGCUGCGUCUCAGGGCUUCCUUAGUGCCGAUGAAGGAGCUCAGUAUGACGAUAAUUUGUCUGACCUCGAACCUACCAUCAACGGCCCUUUCACCCCUGAUCUUGCAACCCCUAUCUCGAAGUUUGGUAAAUUCAUCGAAGAACAAGGGUGGAAGGAUGAAUUUUCUGCUGGGCUCAUUGGAUCAUGUACUAAUAGUUCUUAUGAAGACAUGACUAGUGUAGCAGAUUUGGCCAGACAGGCGAAGUCUGCUGGACUCACCACUAAGGUCCCUUUUCUUUGUACACCCGGCUCGGAACAGAUUCGCGCGACUAUGGAACGUGACAACGUUACCUCUACCCUUCAAGACGUUGGAGCGUUGUGGCAACGCGUGGAUAAAAAGGGCGAAGAAAAUGCUAUUCUUACCAGCUUUAAUCGCAACUUCAAGUCCAGGAACGAUGGCAAUAACCGCACGAUGAACUUCCUAGCUUCCCCUACUGUUGUUACAGCAAUGGCAUUCUCCGGAAAGCUUUCUUUCAAUCCUCUUGUAGAUUCUAUCACUCUUCCUUCAGGUGAGGCCUUUAAGUUCAUGCCUCCAUCUGGACAAGAUCUCCCUUCAAACGGAUUCACCCUUGGGGAUCAAUCCUACUAUCCUGUGCCAAUGCCGAAGCCUCAACCUGAGGUUGAGGUCGUUAUCAAGAAAGAUUCGCAGAGGCUGGAAAUCUUGGAACCGUUCAAAAGUCCUUUUGAAUCUAGCUCAAAACUUGAACUGCCUCCUCUGAAGGUCCUCCUUCGUGUCCGCGGAAAAUGUACAACUGACCAUAUCUCUGCGGCUGCUAUCAACGACGAAGGGGGUGAUAUGAAUGUCGCUUUCGACAGGGACAAUAAUACUUCUGGCACCAUUCCCGAAAUUGCCAAAAGCUUUAAAGCUCGCCAGCAACCAUGGGCAAUUAUCGUUGAUGAGAACUACGGAGAGGGGUCGGCUAGAGAACACGCCGCUCUUCAGCCUCGAUUUUAUGGAUGUGCCAUGAUUUUGGCCAGGUCGUUUGCUCGAAUCCACGAGACGAACCUGAAGAAACAAGGGGUUCUCCCUCUGUGGUUCGUCGACAAAAAUGAUUAUUCGAGGAUAGGCUCCGGAGAUUUAUUGGAAACUAUUGGGCUUGCUGACGUCUUUGCCGGUAAACCUGAUGCGUCUGUACGGAUCAAGGUCACCAAGCUAGAUGGCACUGUGUUUGAAAUCGCAACCAAACAUACUAUGUCUGCAGACCAGCUCAAGUGGCUCAAAGCAGGCUCUGCAUUGAAUUAUAUUCGAUCUACAAAAGUUUAG